CCUUUUUCUCCUCCCAAGCCCAGCAAAUAGUCGCAGAUCUUCUUCUUCCAGGAGGUAGAGCGAGCGAGCGAUGGACGUCAGGAUGUUCGGACUGGAGAACCCUAUGUUUGCGACGCUGCAGCACUUGAUGGACAUCCCGGACGAGGUGGAGAAGGCCAUCAACGCCCCCACCCGCACCUACGUCCGCGACGCCAAGGCCAUGGCCUCCACCCCGGCCGACGUCAAGGAGCUGCCGUCCUCCUACGUCUUCGUCAUCGACAUGCCCGGGGUCAAGUCCGGCGAGAUCAAGGUCCAUGUGGAGGACGACAACAUGCUCAUCAUCAGCGGCGAGCGCAAGCGCGAGGAGGACAAGGAGGGCAAGUACCUCCGCAUGGAGCGCCGCAUGGGCAAAUUCAUGCGCAAAUUCUCCCUCCCAGACAACGCCAACACCGACGCCAUAUCGGCCGUGUGCCAGGACGGUGUCCUCAGUGUCACCGUCCAGAAGCUGCCGCCGCCGGAGCCCAAGAAGCCCAAGACCAUCGAGGUCAAGGUCGCCUGAGUUAGAUCAAUAAUACAACCGACCUAGCUACAUACUGCGUGUGUGAGGCCUGCCCGCCCCCGAUGUUGCUGCUGUUUCAAGGGGUUCUGGUGUCCGAGUCUCUUUUUUUUUUUUUUUUUUUACGUUUUUGCUAAGGGUGUCGGAGUCUUUCUUGAUCUCUCUUCUCUUGUUUGUUAUGUUACGCGUCCCUGAUACUAUGGCCUCUCUGGUUAGUUUGUGGUGUCCAUGAUGGUAGUAAUGAAAUGGCAUUGAUGUUUGUUUGACGCCCAGCA